GGAGCUCUUCUAAAACCCAAACCAAAAGACCCCUAUAAUUUAAGGAAGUUCAAGUGAACCAGUAGAAAUUCAGCAUUAGAUCCGACACUCCUAAGCCACAACUUUAUAUACGCUCAUUAACACGUGUAGAGGCUCGAACCAUACAAAUUAACCCACUCGCUCGAGCACACCUGGGUCCCACGCGCGCCAUCACUCGAAACACAACCAUAGACUUCCUCUGCACACACAACACCCAAAUUCUCUAUCUCCUCUCUAUGUGAAUCUCUGGCGUACGUCCUCUGCAAAUUUUAAUUUUCUUUUAGACUCGUUUUUUUGGGGUUGAGAUGCAUAACCUGAUCCAGUGAAGAAAAAUCGGCCAUGUUUGGGCUAAAUUUGAAGCGCUGCGGAGUAGAUAACUAUUGUCGGUUUUACAGCUAUGUUUGAUUGGAACGACGAAGAGCUAACGGAUAUAAUAUGGAGUGAUACUGGUCAGAGCGAUGACCACACAGUGCCAUAUCCUGACGGAAGUGAAAAGGAAGCUCCAGCUUAUAAAGAUAACAUUAAGAAGGAAUGGGAUGUGGAAGCUUCUAGUUUCAAGCCUACUGAUCAGAAGAAACCUACAACUAAAACUGAUCUGAGUAAUAUUAAACUAGACGGCAGUUCCAAACAUGACACUGGCGGAGCUGCUAUCACAGCUGGAUACAGGGUGGAAUCAAGCGCUGAUUUUUCAUUGACCAAUGCUACAAAAAGUAAUCAAGAUUCCUUGGGUGGUAAAGCAUCUAAUUAUCUGACAGAAGUUUCAAAACAAGAAUGUUUUAGAGAUGAGAGAAAUCGGCUUGAUGAUGAUUUUCGAGUUUUUCACCAUCAGAGUGAGGGCCUGGAGCAAGAUGAUUUUAUUGAUUAUGGCUGGGCUAACAUUGGAAGUUUUGAUGACCUUGAUAAGAUAUUUAGCAACAGCGACCCAAUAUUUGGAGAUACAAGCCUUCCUAACACUCACGAUCUAUGGUCAUCUAGUAAAGAUGUGACAAGCAGAUCAGAUAAGUCUGUUCCCCUAUCUAUUGACUCUCUGAGUUUGGCGCUAGGAUCUCCGCGAAGCCCAUCAGAAAGAUUAGAAGUUAAAGCAGAAUACUGGCUAGAUCAGGAGAAGUCCUCCACUGGUGAUGAAGAGAAUGCUAGUGAUAUCACAUCUAAUGUGCAUCUGUCUACUGAUGCUAGGGACCAUGGUGGAGGCAAAAGUGUGCUUUUACCGAAUGAAAAGAUCAGCGCGUCCUUUCAAGUUAUAAAGCUUCUCCAGGCAAUUCAAAUCAUUUCAGCAAGUCUCUAGAUGCUUCGUCAAAACCUUUGAUGAUGACACCUCAGGAAAAAAUUGAAAAACUGAGAAGGCGACAGCAAUUGAGAGCAAUGCUUGCCAUUCAGAAACAGCAGCAGCAGUUUAGCUAUCAAAUGGUAUCCCCUGAACAAUCUGCAAAGCAAGGAGGAUCUGUUGAAGAGAAUUUGAGUUGCAUCCCUUCUCUUGACCCGACCUCACCUUUGGAACAGGGCGACUCCAACACCGUUUGUUUGGCAGUUGAAGAAUCCUCAGUGGAAGACACGGCACUAUAUCUU